GCCUCCAGCGAGGGCGGGCGGAGGUUGCGCAGGCAGCGCUGCUGCUCCGGGUUACUGCGGCUGGCGCCGUCGGGGGAGCUUUGCGCCCGCGAGGAGGCGGAGGAGAAGCCGAGCUCGGGAGGGACCGACGCCGCGGCGAGCAGCAGCAGCGCACUUGGCGGACUCCCUCGGAGCUCCUUUCCCAGACGGAGCCGCUGAGACGUCCCCAUCGACCGAAGCCCGCGCCGGAUCGGAAUCCGGAUUGGCGCCGAAGCAAGAGCGGGCGGCAUUUCUUUCCCUGAUGCGUCGGGGGCAACAACCAGCAGAAACCAACGGACGGGAUUUCAAAUUCCACACUUCCAGGCAGUUCCAGUGGAGCUGAAGAAGAGCUGAAGCUUCAUGAUGGGGCAGUGCAAUAAAGCCGAGGGAGCCCUUUGACUCUCCAGACCUCUGUUGCAAAACAAGCCCUCUCUGGCAGAAUGCCUCCCGCUCUGAGUGAACUACCCAGGAGGCUUUUCUUCCUGCUCACGCUCCUUUCUGAGCUGCAAGGUAUUCAUGGGAGCAACAAACCUGAAUAUGAUUUUCGGUUUUGUGGCUGGAGAAACCACAGUAAGAAAAGCCAAAUCCAGUAUGCUUUCCAGGACGGUGCCAUCAAGAUUGCAAAUGGUGCAGAUGUGCUGAGUAUAAGUGCACCGUUCUCUCUGGAAGAUAAAGGGAGCAAUUUAGAACCCGGAACCUGGGACCUGCCAGAUCAUAAAGGGACUUACCGCUUCUGUGUUUACUGGUCUCGGGACACCAGGCUUUUCAGCCUCACCUAUGGGAUUACCAACAAGUACAACCUGAGUACAAAGGCAUAUUAUUCUCUCUGCCAUUCCAUUGUUAGUGAAGAUCCCAAUCAAGCCAGCGGUGACGUGAUUUUCAACGCCUCUUAUACCACUAGCAAGCUCAUCCACAACCAAUCCCUUCCAAAUGCAUCUGUCUACAGUUUUGUCUUCAGGGAUGAACAGACAAGCUGUGUCCAAGACAGUGAUGUGGCAGAACUACAAAAGAAGUUAGAAGCCGGCCUGAAACAUUCCAUAAAAGGAAGGAAAGGCAUUCUUAGAACCUCGCAUAAGGAGCUUCAGCGGUUGGAGUCAGAUUUGGGAGUCGUCAGAUUUGAGGGAGAGAACAAGACCUUUGGGAAGGGGACACUGUUACAGGCAACAGUCUUCAGGAUCCCACAGGAGAAGACAUCUCGUGACCUGUCCAUCGAAUCUAAGCUGGAGGAGAACAAGGAGGUCCAUGGCUUUGAAGUGAGUUUGCCCAAGAACGUCUUUGCGAAAUCCAAAGGCCGGAGCAGGAGUGGCGAGAGGAGGGUUGUUCUGAUGGACAUCAGCAGCCAGAUCCCCUUCCCGGACCAAAAUUCCAGCCGCCUUCUUGGUGAAAAGGUGCUUGGCAUAUCGGUGGGGAGCAGUCCAAUCCAUGGCCUGCCCAAGGACCAGCGCGUGGCUCUUACUUUCUGGCACAAGCCGCUUCCGAGGAACGUGAUGCCGCAGUGCGUGUUCUGGGAUGCAGGCUCCAAUGAGAGUCGUCCCGGCUUCUGGAAUACGUCAGGCUGCGAAGUGGCAAGAGAACUGAACCGAACCACUUGCUUCUGUGACCACCUCACCUUUUUUGCGGUGCUGAUGAUGUCCUCCCCAGAUGUAGACAUCAUCCACCAGCAGUACCUGACCAUCAUCACCUAUGUCGGCUGCAUCGUUUCAGCGGCGUCUUGCUUUGUCACCAUCAUCUUCUUUCUGUGCUCUAGGCAGAAGCAGAGGGAUCACAUUGUCUACAUCCACACAAACCUCCUCGUGGCCAUCUUCAUCCUCGACAUGAGUUUCCUGAUUGCCGUGCCUCUGGCCCCUGCAGGCGGCAACGCAGCCUGCAAAGCGGGUGCCAUGCUCCUCCACUUUGCCCUGCUUGCCUGCCUGACCUGGAUGGGCAUCGAAGGCUACAGUCUCUACCAGCUUGUGAUUGAGGUCUUCAAUUCCUACGUCCAACACUUCCUCCUCAAGCUCUGCCUGGUGGGCUGGGGUCUCCCCAUCCUUCUUGUGGCUCUGAUCUUUGGGAUCAAGCAGUCAUAUUACGGACAAUUCUCCAUUAAAGUGUAUGAAUCUUCGGAGCGAUACACCAAUGCAACCAUCUGCUGGAUCACAGAGACACACAUCAACAACAUCCUCAACUUGGGACUCCUGAGCCUGGUGCUCCUCUUCAACAGCAUCAUGCUGGCCGCCAUGGUGCGAGAGAUCCUCAAACUGCGACACCGGGAUCACCAGUGGAAAUACGCCCUGAUGCUCCUGGGCCUGAGUUGUGUGUUGGGCAUUCCAUGGGGUCUGGUCUUCUUCUCCUUCACUUCUGGAACCUUCAGGCUGGUAGCUGUCUACCUCAGCACCAUCAUCAACUCCCUCCAAGGCUUCCUCAUCUUCCUUUGGACCUUGGCCAAAGUCCUGCAGGCCCGCAAGUCGUCUUCGAUGCAGUGCACGUCUUCCAACAGCGCCAACCUACAGUCCAGCAACACCAGCCUAUGACCAACUGGGGGUUGCUCUGCGUUGGAAAAUCCGGUCUGUGUGCUUGUGGCACCGACUGGGGAGGGCCCUUGAUUGCAUCGAGGGCAGGGGUCCCUUUUGCAAUCCCUGCUUUGGGGCGGAGCCACCCCUAGGUGCCUUAGCCACACCCCUUGGCCCUAGCCAUGCCCCUGCACAGCAGUGGCCAAAGUUUGGUCCAAAGAACGCCACUGCGCAGGGGUGUGGCGAAGGUUCUCUGGCCGGGGCCUCCACAUUGUUCCUGGGGGCUCCCCGCUUAUGCCCGCCUGGCACACCUGCCAUGCUCACCAGCUGCACUUGUCCACCUCCUGUAUUGUGAAGUGCGGGAGGGCUGAGAGCCGAGCGGGCUGCGGGCCUGCCUGUGGGCACUGGGCCACUUGCAAUGACCUCGCCUCCAUGCACUGCGAAGGCGUGUCACGAGUGCGUGGUGUCACGUAUUUGCAAGGCACGGUGCAACUCAUGAAUGUUGCAAAUGUGUGAUAUCCUGCACUUGCGACACUCGUGGGUCACACUGCGCAGGCGUGAGCACUGCAAGUGGCCCAGUGGCUGCAGGCAGGCCCGCUUGGCGCUCGGACUCCCCGCUGAGCAGAACAGGCAAUUGGUGGGUGAGUGGGCUGCAAAACGGUGUUCGCUUUUUUCAGGGGGGCCUCCACAGCCCUUUAAGUCCAGGCGACAAAAUGGACUAGGUGCACCACUGCCCCUGCACCCUAGCCACAGCCCUGUGCCCUGGCAGGGGCGUGGCUGGGGCACCUAGGAGCGGCCACUGGCGGGUUGGACCUGCCCUGCAGGUAGGGGCACUUGUAUCCUGAUGUAAUAUAUUUGUGUCUCUUUGUAAUUAAAUCUACUUUAAAAAUA